AUGGAGGCGCAACAAGAUACUCGUCCCAACCCGCCAUCGCGGACUUCUAGCAGAAGCUCCAAGAAGAGUCUGACCCUCGAUCUCUCCAACUUGCCACCUCUCAUCCAGCCAACCCCACCGUCCAACACACUCCUCUUCACAAACCUACAAGAGCUCGACAUCUUCAGGCCAGACAACCUCCAGACGAUACGAGACCUUGUUGCCACUACGGCGCCCAUACACAGCUGGGCACCGCUCAAGUCGUUCCGCCGCAUCAUUGUGUCCUUCUUCUCCGAGGACGAUGCCAUAAAAGUGCGCAGUGUAUGGGAUGGCGAGGCUGUCAUGGGCGAGCGAUGCCGCGUCUACUUCGGCCAGCCCACCCCUAUCGACUCCGACAAGGACCACCACUUGGCGCUACCCGACGCUGGCAAGCUCUUCUUCAUCAGCCCGCCCCCUUCGCCCCCGCAUGACUGGGAGAUGCGCCUCGAGGGCGCGCCCAACAAGGAGGUCCAUGCUGAGGAUUUGGCGGACGCCUUGGCCAAACUUCACCACCAGAAGGCGGCGGCGGAGUCACCGAUCAGCCCAGUCGAGCGCAGCCCGGGGUCGGGGUUUCCCAGCCGCCAGCGCAGCCGGAGCAGUACGCUGAUCUUCCAGCCUGCGGAGAAUGGCAGCAGCCCCGAUUUGCCGGCGAUCGCCGUUGAGGACAUGACGGACUCGCCAGGCGACAUGAGCCCGGUGCCCGAGAAGCCCAUCUUGGCUCACACCUCUCGCCCCCCGGUAGAGCUCAUGUGA